AUGACAUUGGGAAAGUGAUGGACCUCUAUAUUCAUAAGGUUAAGUUUGAAGACUUGCAUAGUUACGUACAUCCGUUUGUACCGGUGCCCAAAAACAUCUCUUCAUGUAGCUUAGGCUCUCCAUCUGUUCUUGAUGUCACGGGAGGGGUGUUUGAAACUACAGGACAAAAGGAACUAUAAUAAUAGCGAGGAAUUGUAAAAAAACCAGGUCUUGCCAAUUGUGCACGAGAACGCAGCCAGAUUAUUUAACAGGACGACUAACAAUAAACCAAGCGCUAUGUUCUGCUUCUUAGCUCUCCGGUGUUAUGAAAGAAAAUAUGAGAAUGGGCAACCAGUAUUGGUCAAACUAUUUCACUCUGGUUGAGUACACUUAGAAGUUUCUUUUGUUUGAUUAGGUUUGAAUUUGUAAAGAGCGCUGGCUCCAACAUUGUGCUUCUGCAAGUACCAAGAGGCCAAGAGAGGAGUGCUCGUGUUCUAAAACACAUAUCAGGCCAGGGACCUUUGUGUAUACGAGCUUGGGAAGUUUUGAGUUGUGAAGAGGUGAUUAAUGCUUAAUAAUUUUCAGCAACUGAAAUGUUCACUUUUUGUCCUUUCACGUAGAGACACAGUAUAUAGUACAUACCACCUUUCUUUUUCGGGAUUUGGCAUGAUAUUUAUAUUACAGCUGCACUUCUUCUGAGAAUGGAAAUAUUUUAUGAGCCUCUCUUUCCUGUUGCCUGAUCUUCCUUGCUAUCUGACAAACAAUUAACUAUGCACUCUCUAGAAUAGAUGACAAGUGAUAACAGGCUACCCUCUCUAAAAAAGCUUCCUCUCAUUUGUCAUUCUUAAUGCUCCUUCUUGGCCAGCUUAAAGUUCUAACAUCCAUUUGAUGUUUUAUUAUGUCUUUUGCCAUUUUUCUAGCAUCUAAAUGAUUCUCCUUAAUAUAUUUAUAUAUAUUUUUUCACAGUGAAUAUGAUGACAGUCUGCUUGCUAAUGAUAAGGACAUCAGGGAUUACUCAGAAGGACAUACAUUGCUCCCUGUCUCGAAUCCCAUUGCUGAACCAGGUCCCAGUGGCACAGAUACAGACGUUGCUCCACCAUCAUGA